AUGUUUGGUCGCCGCGUCGCCAGUUCCUGCCGCAUUCCGGCUAGCAUGUACGCCCGGCUGCACAUAAGCUCCCCGCAGCAGGCCAAUCGGAUGCUCCCGCCGUUAGUUCCCAUCACCACCUCUAUCUACCGCAGCGUGAGCGGUGGAACAGGAGCAUUGGCGUUCUUGGGCACUGGAAGCGAAGUUGUACCGGCAAACUUGACAUCCCCAGAGAACCUGCUCUCCCUUCUCUGUGUGACGCCGCAGGCACUACUCGGCAUAAUCAACGCCAAUACUUUACUAUUAAGGAUGGUCUCCGAUACGAUGUGGACUUAUAGUUUUACAUUACUCCACGUUACCAGAUGA